UUCACAUCAUUUUUCAAAUACAAACAAUUCCUGUUUCCAAAAACCGAUUGGGCACUUCCUGCUUCGAAUAUUGUUAUUUAUAUAUUUCAAUACUCUGGCACCCGACAACAUGAAUCCUCCCACUGUGGACAAGGAGACCGCGGAGAAGAUUCGCCACCACCUAAGCAAGGAGGAGCUGGAGCGUCAGAUGCACAGCAUUCAUGGUCAGGGUGACUCACAGGAGGUCAGAGGUCGGAAUUCCGGUAACAGUAGCAACUCGCAGGCUUCCGGAAGCGGUAAUACCGCCGAGACCGAUGGAGCCCGCCAGGAAUCGUGGAUUUUCGAGAACGUUGGAGGCUACUAUAUGCCCAUCGAGGAUGUGUCCAAGGUCUCUCUGGCCCCGCAGGAGCAGCUGCUGAUGCGGAACCUGAUCUACGCCUUCUCAGGAGUUCCAUCCUCGUACAUCACGCCGGAUAUUCCAGCCGAUAAGAUCGCAGAGAUGACGGCGGUGGAGAUAGCCAAGGUGCGUUUCCGCGUGGACGAUGCAUUCAACGGAGCCUUUCGGUCGCUGACCAGCAAUGUGCUGCCCCUGAUCGGGUACUACAUCUGUGUGCAGAGCUUCAUCGAGGAGACCAACAUGACCCCUAACUGUAGCCGAACCCGCCUGGCCCUGGCCACAGCCCUCAGUGAUCAGAUGGAGGACUACUACAAGCUGCAGUCGAAGUUGGAGACGGAUCUGAACGACCAGAAGUUAAACCUCAAGGAGCUGGUGCGACAGGUGCGCCCUUGGCUGGCCAGCCUCAAGGUGUUCGCCAGCAUGGCCUGUAGCUCCCGGGACUCGCUGAACAGUGCCCAGCUACUGACUCUGCUGGACGAGUUCUCCAAGGAGCAAAGGGUCACCUCACCGGAUCUCAAAGAACGGGUUGCCCAGAUCAUGGCCAAAGUUACUUAUACCUACAUGAAGAUAGUCCAGUUGUGGACCCAAAAGGGCAUUCUCUACGACGCACAGCACGAGUUCUUCGUGGAGGACACCGAGCGCUCCAAUGCAAUGAGCAGCACGCUGUUGGCUCCGGAGCAGUGUUGCCACGCCUACUGGUCAGAUCGGUACAACCUGAUUCCCGACCGUCUGCCCUCCUUCCUGCUGGACCAGGCUCAGAAGAUUUUCCUGGCCGGGAAGUACCUGAACAUACUGCGCCAGUGCAACGUGACGAUGAAGCUGCUGCAGAAGCCGCUGAGCUAUGUUCCCAGGGAGACGGGCCACUUGGAGAUUAUCCAGGAAAGUUACCAGCUGCCAGCUGGUAAGCUUUUGGAGGUGAUAAAGGAAAAGCACCUUGGCGCGCACCUGCGCAAUAUACGCGCAUAUUUUCUGCUGCAAAUGAAUGGCUUUGCCGAGACCCUGCUGGACAAAUGCCAGGAGCAGCUCCAGUGCAAUGUGGACACAUUGAUUCCCGAGAAGUUACAGAACCUGCUGUCGGAGUCCCUUCAGAAGUUCAAUGAUCCCUUCAAGGGGAUGCUGCGCUGCCAGCUAAAAGCCUGCGACGUGGCCACCCAGCUGGCCAGGGGACAAACCGAAAUGGAGGAUGAGGUCCCCGAUGUUCUUCGCCUGUACGGCUACGAGUCCUUGGCCCUGCGCUACGAGACCAAGUGGCCGCUGAGCCUUGUGCUCCACUCUCAGGUGCUGGAGCAGAUGCAAGUCAUCCAGCGUGUCCUGCUCUUCCUGCGCUACGUGCACCGCACCCUGACCCUUUUGUGGCAGUCGCCCGCCGACGGUGCUGCUCUCAAGAAAACGGACCAGUCUGGGGAGCUUCGCCAGCGCAUGAUGCUGUGCAUUCUGAACCUGGAGCAGCACAUUACCGUAGACAUAGCAGAGCCACGAUGGCAGUCGCUGCUUCAAACGGUGGACAAGGCCCAGAAUAUAGACGAGGUGCUGACCAAGUUCGAGGACACCGUGGAAGAGUGCCUGAACCUGGGUCUACUCUCUUCUGCCAACACAUUUGUGGCAAGUCUCUUCACCCUUGGUCACAUAUGCCUUAACUUCUGCGGCUUCGUGGAGUCUCCGCCGGUGGCCAGCAGCAGCGAGCAGUUUGACCAGGUCAUCAGGGAGUACGAGGAGGAAUUUAGUAGCUUUAUGACCACCAUCCUGGAAUUGGUGAAGCAGCUGGGCAGUCCCAGUGGCCAGGAGGGCGAGCGACAAUCCUGCAAGCAGCUGCUCCAACGCCUCGAGGACUACACUAAAAAGGUAGAGGGGCUGCCCAACUAGGGAAGGUGCAGUUCCAAAAGAAUAGAUAUAACAUACUAGUCACACUCGUUUUGUUUUCCGUGUUUUGGCUCAGAAGCGUGUCCAGCGUUCCAGCCAAAUCAGCCAUGCCCGCAAAUGCCCAGCAAAACUUUAAAUGAGCCGUGAAAUCCAUGAAGCAAGGCUGGGCUUACACUACACUGUAAAAAUUGGGCUUUGGACACUGGAUGAUAGAGCUAUGAGCCAAAAAUAAAUGUAAUUUUCGUUUAAAAAAAAUAUAAAUAAAGUAAUGUAAAAACUUAAAAAUA